CAUGUGCUGCACUGCAAGAAAUGUCAAAUCAAUCGCGUUUCUAAACAAAACGUAGGUAGAAUCUUCCAAGACCUUAAAUUUAAAUUAAAAAAGUUUUUAAGGCCUGAAAAUAUUAUGGACUAUGAGCUGAGAAACCUGAAAGAUUUUCUUGGAUUAUACAACAAAGUAACGGAGCUGUGCUUCACCGCCUGCGUGGACAAUUUCUUCGGCCGUGACCUUUCACCGGGUGAAAUUCGCUGCUCGGAGGCAUGCGUCGGCAAAUUCACCAAUGUGAACCAGCGGCUGAUGCAGGUCUACGUUGGUGUGCAAGGAGCAAUUAACCAGCGGAGAAUGGUCGAGUUUGAGGAGCAACAGGCAAAACUGUUGGAGGCUCAGCAACAACAGUUGCAGCAGCAGCAACAAGAGCAAAGUCCUGCCCCAGCGGAAACUGCAUCCAGUGUCGUAACGGUGGAAACACCAGAUGCUGGGACGGCAGACGUAAAGUAAGGUCGCAGCAAUUCUAGUUUAUAAGUAAGUAGUAGCCGAUUAGUAGAUAUGAGUAAAAUUUGUAUAAGCGUAUUGGUGGGACUCCCAGGGGUUGGAAAAACUACGUUUUGCAAAGCUUUUAAGCAUUACUUGGAGCAGAAGCAGUCGCCUAUCGCGGUAAUUAGAAUAUCAUUUGAUGAUUUUAUUCGAUUUGAUAAUGAACAGGACUUCGAGAAUGGAUUAUGCAAAACCCAAAGAAAGCAGCUUCUAGAAUGCAUAGAAAUGAUUGUGAGAGCGGUUAGAAUGCAAAAUUUUGAAACCCUACACGAAGCUAAUGAAAUUUUGAUGAACCUGUUCAGAACAAACGUUUUAAUCGAUAUGAAUAAUGUCAACCCAAAUACGGUAUAUCUCUUCGUUUUAGACGAUAACAUGUACUACAGAAGCAUGCGUUUUGAUGUUUUAAAAAUGGCCAGAAAAUAUAGCACUGGAUUUUUUCAAA